UGCUGAUUACUCAUAAAAUGCUCAGAAAAGUCUUCGACCGCUCCAUUUUUAUUCCUCCGUCUGGUAUUUAGUCUCUCUCUCUCUCUCUCUCUCUCUCUCUCCAUUUUCUCUCUCUUCAAGCCUCCAAUUUGAUCUGAAACCUGAGUUGGAGAGAGGAGAAUGGCUGUAGGGGGAUCACAAACGAGCUUGCGGAAGUAUAUUGGAGCUGUAAAGGACACUACUACUGUUACCCUCGCCAAAGUGAACAGUGAUUACAAGGAAUUGGAUAUUGCAAUAGUAAGGGCUACUAAUCAUGUUGAGCGUCCCGCAAAGGAGAAACACGUAAAAGCUAUUUUCUAUUCCAUCUCGGCUUCAAGGCCUCGAGCAGACGUGGCUUAUUGCAUUCAUGCGCUUGCAAGACGUCUCGCAAAGACACAUAACUGGGCGGUUGCCUUAAAAACGUUAAUUGUUAUACAUCGUGCUCUGAGGGAAGUUGAUCCCACUUUUCGCGAAGAACUCAUAAACUAUGGAAGAAGCAGAAGCCAUAUGCUUAACAUGUCCCAUUUUAAGGAUGAUUCCAGUGCAAAUGCUUGGGAUUAUUCCGCAUGGGUGCGCACAUAUGCUUUAUUUUUAGAAGAAAGACUUGAGUGCUUUCGUGUGCUCAAGUAUGAUGUUGAAACCGAUCCUCCGAGAACUCGGGAUCUUGACACUGCUGAGUUACUUGAACAGUUACCAGCAAUGCAACAGCUUUUAUUUCGUCUACUUAAUUGCCAGCCACAAGGUUCAGCUUCUUAUAAUUUUGUGAUUCAGCUGGCUCUUUCAAUGGUUGCUGGGGAGAGUGUAAAGAUCUAUAAUGCAAUUAGUGAUGGUACAAUCAAUUUGGUUGACAAGUUCUUUGAGAUGAAGCGACAUGACGCUGUUAGGGCACUUGACAUAUAUAGGAAGGCAGGUCAACAGGCAGAGAGAUUGUCGGAAUUCUAUGAAGUAUGUAAAAGCAUUGAUAUUGGGCGUGGACAAAAAUUUAUUAAGAUAGAACAGCCCCCUGCAUCAUUCCUCCAAGCCAUGGAGGAGUAUGUGAAAGAUGCUCCGAGAGCUUCAACAGUUCGCAAAGAUCAGGUGAAAGAGGAGAAGGAAACCCCAAAGGUUGUACUGGCAAUAGAGUACAAAAAAACUCCCGAAGAGGAAGAGGAAGCACCAAAGCCACCCACGCCACCUCCUGAACCUGUCAAGGAGGAAGCUCCAGUAUCUCAGGAAAUUGAUCUUCUGGGCUUAAAUGAGACCAACCCGGAUGCUUUGGACUUAGAAAAUAAAAAUGCUUUGGCACUUGCCAUUGUUCCAGUUGAUAGUGUAUCAACUACAGCUCCCUCUGCUAAUUUUUCGGAGAAUGGAACAACAGGCUGGGAAUUGGCACUGGUUACUGCUCCGAGCUCAAAUGAGACUGCAGCAGCCUCAAGUAAACUGGCUGGAGGUCUAGACAAGCUGACAUUAGACAGUUUAUACGAUGACGCAAUCAGAAGAGCAAACCAACCAACAAGCUACAAUCCAUGGGAGACACCAAAUCCAAUGGCAGCAGGCUCAGCAAUGCAACCGAUGAUGGCCCCCGAUCCAUUCUACGCCUCAUCAACAGUCGCCGCUCCUUACUCUGUUCAAAUGUCAGCCAUGGCUCAGCAGCAGCAAGCAUUCAUGCUUCAGCAGCAGAUGAGCAGCCAUACCCAGCAAAUACAGCAACCAGGCAUGAACCCUUUUGGGGCCCCCUAUGCAGCGAAUACGGGUAUGUACCCGUAUGGCACGGGGAUGCCCGUCCAAGGGGCAAAUACAUAUACAGGACUUUUGUGAGAGUUAUGUACAAUUCUAUUGAUUCUUGAUUGGGGCCGUCUAUUGUGUAAAAUGUGUAGUUGAGAAGGCAUUUGUUUGUUGAUUGGUGAGAGGGAAAAUACUGAGAGUUGAUUAUUUUGUGAGAUAUAGGUUCUUAAUAAUAAUUGUAUUAUUGAGAUUCAUGAUAGCUCCUUAAUUGUGUCUUGUUGGAUUCUUGAAA